AUGCUGUGUCAGGAUCUUCGUCAAUAUGCUCAGAAGCUGGUCCGCAGGCGGCCGCUGGAGCCCAGGGAGGGCUCUGAAAGUCACAUGUCUCGUUGUCUGAGAACCCUGGACCUGGUGGCCUUGGGUGUGGGCAGUACCCUGGGAGCCGGCGUGUACAUCCUGCCUGGAGAAGUGGCCAGGAACAAAGCUGGACCAGCGAUUGUCAUCUGCUUCUUGGUGGCCGCCCUGUCUUCUGUGUUGUCUGGGCUCUGCUAUGCCGAGUUUGGGGCCCGGGUACCAGGCUCUGGUUCUGCGUAUCUCUACAGCUAUGUCACCAUGGGACAACUGUGUGCCUUCAUCACUGGCUGGAACCUCAUACUGUCCUAUGUCAUCACCACUGCAAGCGUGGCCAGGGCCUGGAGCUCUGCCUUUGACAGCCUGAUUGGGAACCACAUCUCUCAGGCGUUACAGGGAACUUUCUCCCCACAUAUGCCCUCCUUCCUGGCCAAGUACCCAGACUUUCUUGCCCUGGCCCUGGUGCUGCUGAUGACUGGACUACUGGCUCUGGGAGCUCGUGAGUCAGCCCUGGUUAACACAGUGUUCACAGGCAUCAACCUUUUGGUUCUCAGCUUCGUCAUCCUCUCUGGCUUCAUUAAGGGGGAACUGCACAACUGGCAGCUCACGGAACAGGAUUACACAUUAAACACAUCCGGAUCCAAUGACACCUCUAGCUUGGGACCUCUGGGUUCUGGAGGGUUUGUGCCCUUUGGCUUUGAAGGGAUUCUCCAUGGAGCAGCAACGUGCUUCUUUGCAUUUGCUGGUUUUGAUGCCAUUGCCACUACAGGAGGAGAAACCCUGAAUCCUCAGCGUUCCAUCCCCUUGGGCACCAUGAUCUCGCUCUUCAUCUGCUUUUGGGCAUAUUUUGGUGUCUCGGCAUCUCUCACUCUCAUGGUGCCCUACUACCGGAUUCACCCUGAGAGCCCCUUGCCGCAGGCUCUUCUCCACGUUGGGUGGGGCCCUGCCAGAUAUGUCGUGGCUGUUGGCACCCUCUGCGCUCUUUCAUCCAGCCUCCUGGGUACCAUGUUCUCCAUGUCUCGGGUGACCUAUGCAAUGGCAGAUGACGGGCUCCUUUUCCGGGGACUUGCCUGUAUUCAUCCCCGCACACGCACCCCUGUCAUGGCCACCUUGGCUUCUGGAACUCUUGCAGGGUUCAUAGCAUUACUCUUUGAGUUCCGUGACCUUGUGAACCUCAUGUCAAUUGGGACCCUGUUCGCUUACUCCUUGGUGGUUCUUUCUGUUCUUGUCCUCAGGUACCAACCAGAUCAGAAUUUAAGAAAGAAUGAGAAAACAGAAAAUGAAAUUGAGAUUUCUGAAUGUGAAGCAAGUCCUUUGGGAUCUGUACCUGAAGCAGGAAACUCAAGGAUUCUAAAGAGUCUGUGUGACCCUCUCAACACCAUCCCCACUCUGACGUCUGGCCAGAUUGUCUACAGAUGUGCCUUACUGCUUGUUCUCCUGCUGACCAUCCUGUGCCUGGUGCUGGCCCGGUGGCCCAGCCGCGUGUUCUCUGGAGACCCCGUGGCCACAACAGCGGCUGUGCUGCUGCUGCUGCUCAUCGUGGGGGUCACGGUCAUCAUUUGGAGGCAGCCCCAGAGCCCCGCUCCUCUUCCCUUCAAGGUCCCUGCUUUGCCUGUCCUCCCCCUGCUGAGCAUCUUUGUGAAUGUUUACCUGAUGAUGCAGAUGACCCCUGGGACCUGGGUCCAACUUGGCAUCUGGAAUGUGAUUGGAUUUGCCAUAUACUUUGGAUACGGGAUCCAGCACAGCUUGGAGGAGAACAGUGACCAAGAGCCACCAGCCUCCACCUCCCAGACUCCUAACUAA